GACAAACAGUAGUAUCGGAUUGUUUCUUAAUAUUACACGCAGUUACGUGAGAAAUUCUCUAACAAUGACAUUAAAUGUGGCAGAAGCGGAAAAUGUGGAUAAUGUGCCUAAAAAAGGGAAGACUUAUGUCCAAGUGCUGGUGGCUAUUGUAGCGAAUACCACAAUCCUCACAUAUGGGUUUCAAGCGGGAUGGGUGUCACCGAUGACAAAAGUUUUACAAUCAGAGAACUCCCCUUCUGGUUAUCCGUUGUCAGAUUAUGAAAUAUCAUGGAUAGCCAGUGCCAUCUGCUUAGCAGCCAUGUUUGGUGUCUCUUUAUUCACAUACAUCGUCGACAAAUAUGGAAGAAGAGUUGCAGUUCUACUGAUAGCUGCGUUUCAAGCGCUUUCAUGGAUAUUAAAACUAUCUUCAGCACAUAUAGUAGUUUUAAUCACAGCCAGACUCCUUGCUGGACUCGGUGCCGGAGGUUGUUACAACGUAGUACCAAUGUACGUCAGGGAAAUAAGCCAGGAUGACAUAAGAGGGGUGCUCGGAUCCUUCAUAAUACUCUUCCAAAAUAUUGGUACUAUGGCAAUGUUUGCGAUGGGAGCGUACUUGAGUUACUACACUAUAUUAUGGAUCAUCGUUUGGGUGCCCGUGUUAACUAUGAUACUGAUGGUAAAAGCACCUGAGUCACCAGCCUUUUUAGUGAAAAGGGGGAAAAAUGAUGAAGCUGCCAAAACAAUAGCGUUUCUAAGACGAUUAGAUGUCAAUGACAAAAGAAUACAGAAAGAAAUUGACUUCAUGAAAAAUGAAGAACUCACUUAUAACUCACUGCCGAAGAUUUCUUUCAAAAGUAUAUAUCAAAACAAAGCAUGGUUGCGUGGAUGCAUGCUAAACAUAAUAUUGAUGACAAUAAGAUCGAAUAGCGGCAACCUGGCCGUGCUGAACUACGCACCGACAAUUAUGAAGUCAGCCGGAGUAACGUGGAACCCAGAGCUACAGACGUUGAGUUUCCCCGCAGUUAUGAUCCUUGCCUCGUUUAUCUCAAUGAGUUGUGUGGAAAAGUUCGGUCGGAAGCCUCUCAUCAUCAUAUCGUUUGGAGUAGCAGUCGUGUCGCAUAUAAUCCUGGCUACGACAAUGCUGGUUCAGCACCAAGGAAGUUCUACACCAGGGUGGUUGCCAGUGAUAGCAAUCGUAACAUUUUUUGCCGUCUACGCUGGCGGGAUUUCUCCAAUGCCGUACAUCAUUAUGACCGAGAUGUUUAAUUUUCAAAUACGAGCAAAGGUUAUGGGUGGUCUCGUCACACAUGCGUGGUUCAUGUCUUUCGUCGAGCUUCUCUCCUUUACCGCCAUAGCGGACUUUUUGGGAACAUACUCUGUGGUCUACAUCUAUGCUGGACUAAACCUCGUUGGAGUUAUCGUCAGUGUUAUAUUCUUGCCAGAAACUAAAGGAAAGACUUCAGAACAAAUUGAAAAUGAUCUAGUGAAGAAAAAGUGAUUUCGGUUUUAUUUAGCUCGCUCCAUUUGCUUUUUAUUUGCGACAAAAGUAAUUAAAAUACCCCCUGACGGCAGAUCGAUCUGAUAUAUUGUACACCCUCUUGGUCUUGAUGACCAUGCAAUGUUAUAAACUAUUUUUUUUCACAAUUACCUCAAUGGAUAUCAAACAAAACGGCUUGACUGGUUGAAUAGAGCUUUAUAUAGCAUUUAUCAUUAAAAAUAUUCUUUUGGUAUUACUUGUUUCGAUGUUAUUUAAAUGUUGGCACAUCCUCUCUGCGUAUUGUGAAUAAUAAUUUAAGUGUUAGACUUUAAGUUCAUGUUUUAAGAAGAUAGCUGUGUCUCCUUUUGACUCAUUUGUGAUACCUACCUAAAUACUUAAUGUCAUUGAAUAUGAAUUCAAGUGUGGCAGAGCCACGCUUGCCGCAUGAAUGGUUCGGCUCGUCCGGAGUGAUACCACGGCCUCACAAAAGACCGUCGUGGAGGCCCAAUUACCCCCCCCCCCCUUCCCCAA